AUGUCGACAUUGGUAAACAACCUCUUGUCAAAGCUCACGACAGAAGAAAAUGGAGACACAAACUCACAACCCCAACCACCUCCCAAGCCAGAAAUGUCAGAGACACCACCUCGCUUCCUCAUAAUAGGCGCAGGAUCUCGAGGGCAAAACUACGCUGCUGCCAUUGACAGUGUCUCCAAUGGAGUGGUCGCCGCUGUUGCUGAACCCCUCAAGUUCAAGCGCGAGUCCCUUGGCCGGGAUCACAUCUGGGGCAAUGGUUCCCCGAAAGAAGGGCAAUCGUUCCAUGACUGGCGAGACUUUCUCGCAUACGAACAAGAUCGUCGAAAUAGAGUUGCUGCUGGAGAUGAGAAUGUUCCAGAAGGCGUCGACGGUGUCUUUGUUUGUGUUCUUGACGAGAUGCAUCAUGAGGUUAUCGUUGGCCUUGCACCGCUCGAAUUACACAUCAUGUGCGAGAAGCCUCUUGCCUGUUCUCUCCAAGACUGCGUCGACAUGUACAAAGCCAUGCGGCCUUAUCAACCUUCAAAGGUAUUCUCUAUAGGUCACGUACUGCGCUACAGCCCUCACAACAUCAUGCUACGCAAGCUCCUCGUCGAGGACCAUGUCAUUGGCGAUAUAUCAAGUGUUGUUCACACCGAACCUGUGGGCUACUGGCACUUCUCCCAUUCAUACGUGAGAGGAAACUGGCGGAAUGAAAACACCACUGCCCCGUCGCUUCUGACAAAGAGUUGUCAUGACAUUGACUUGUUGCUUUGGCUGCUCUGCUCUCCGGAAAAGGCUGGACAAGGAGAGCCUCAUAUUCCUGCAACGGUGGCUUCCUCUGGUGGCCUUCAUCUGUUCAAGAAGAGUAGAAAACCCAAGGCAGCGGGGUCAGCAACGAACUGCACAAAGUGCCCCCUUGGAGACGAAGGCUGCAAGUUCUCGGCAAAGAAUAUCUACCUCGGUCCAAAGCUCAAAGGACUGCAGUCCGGCAACACUAGAUGGCCCGUCAGCAUCGUCGUCCACGAUAUCGAGGACUACCCAUCUCAAGAAGAAAAAGAGGAGCAAGUCAUGAAGGCCCUCGUGGAAGACUAUGAUGAGUCGACGCCCAAGUCCGAGGUCCAGUCCAGGAAUUGGUUCGGCCGUUGCGUCUUUGAAGCAGAUAACAACGUUUGUGACGACCAGUUUGUCACAAUCACAUGGCCUGAAUCCACUCAGCCGGCAAAGACAGCGACUCUACACAUGGUCGCCCAAACGACCAAGAUCUGCGAGCGAUACUCUCACUUUUACGGCGAGCACGGCGAGGUCUACGCCGACUCACGACGCAUCGUAGUUGAAGACUUCAACACGGGCGAAACAAAGACUUAUCACCCCCGUGUUGAAGACCUUGGUCAUGGUGGAGGAGACUUGGGCCUUACACGUCAGUUUGUCAUGGCGUGUGAUCGUGUCAAGAAUCAUGGCUGGGAGGCUCCUCGUGCGCAGGAUGAUUUCAUUGGAUGCACUCUCGAUGAGGUACUACGAAGCCACGCCAUGGUCUUUGCAGCUGAGGAAGCGAGACUCGGCCGAAAGGUCCUUGACUGGGAAGAAUGGUGGGACAAGGCUCUUGGAAAGCAAUUGGGGCUGAACGGGCAUGCAUAA